UCUCGCGCGCGAGGUUGCCAGGUAUCGCGAGAACUCGUGCCCCAAGGUGGCGAACACACAGCCGGGCGGCGCGCGCGCGACUGUCGCUUGGCCGCCGCCUCCUCCGCUUGCGGGAAUCGACUACGGCGGCCGCGGGGGGGUAGAAUAUUUGAACCUGAUGGAGAAGUGCAGCUCGCAUAGCAACACAGGCUCUGUGAGGAAUUCCCUGGCACAACUCCUAGCUGGUAAACCUGCUGACAGCCUCUCUUUGGGAUCGUCUUCGAGGUCACUAACUCCGCAGCUGCUGCAUCCAAGCGACAUCAUUGCAAACCGCCACGGAAAGCCCCUGACAGCGACUUCUCUUCAAGCCACCACAAAUGACAGCGUGUUUCAGAUCAUCACUGUUUCCAAGGGAACCGGCCUUGGCUUGAACGUUGUAGGAGGCAUUAACAGGAAUGAAGGGCCCUUGGUGCAUAUUCUGGAAGUUAUUCCUGGAGGUGAUUGUCAUAAGGAUGGUCGGCUGAGAGCUGGGGACCAGCUUGUUUCCAUUAACAAGGAGUCAUUGAUUGGAAUCACCUAUGAAGAGGCAAGAAGCCUAAUCAACAGAACAAAGCUGAGAUCUAACUCCUCGUGGGAAAUCGCUUUCAUUCGACAUGAACCUCUUUCCAGUCAAGCGGGAACUGCGCCGCCCCCCUCCAGCUUGUUAACUUCGGAUGGAUACGGGCUGCAGCUUACUCCAUCUUUGUCUCCGAAUGAGAGCGUUGACUCAAAGAUGUCUAUUCUGAAUGUGACCAAAGCCGGAUUCAAGAAGAGAGAGCAAUCUCCCGCAUUUUAUGAAAACAACAGUACCGCUGAUGCAUCUGCUGGGGCUGUUGGCCCCACGUGGAGCGAUGAUUAUGGACCACAAAGAAGGAAGAUUUCCCUAAACCCCACUGUUCGUCUCCAAGCAGAUAAACUAGAGAUGGCUCUGAAUUAUCUCGGGAUUCAACCCACAAAAGAACAGCAAGAAAUCCUAAGGCAGCAGCUACCAAAGGAUCCUAAAGGAACAGUGUCUUUUGGAGAUUUUGUCCAGGUGGCAAGAAACCUAUUCUGUUUGCAGUUAGAUGGGGCAGGUGGUGCCCAAGGACAGGCAGCGUUUAAUGCUCAUGAAAUUGCCCAAUUACUAGAUUCACAGUUUGUCUCCUGUGAUUCUUUGGAAAGAGAGGAAUUGGAAGAACUUAAGAAAGAGAGAAGUGAAGCUUUACAAGAAAUAUGCAAAUUGAAGGAAGAGUUGGCUGAGUCUGAACAUAGGAGAAAACAGCUGGCCGAAGAGCUGCAGACUGCCAAACAAGAAGCCAAGGCAUCGGUGGAGGAGGCGAGAGGCCUGCGUAGCAGAAUCCAUCUUGCAGAAGCUGCGCAAAAGCAAGCUAGCGGCAUGGAAAUGGACUACGAGGAAGUAGUCCACCUGCUUGAGGUAGAAAUUGCUGAUCUGAGGGCUCAGCUCGGCGAUCGUUGUGGUCAAAAUAAAGACAGCAUCCAAGAUUUAAGGAAGAGGAUUACAGUGCUCGAUUGCCAGCUGAGAAAAUCCGAAACUGCCAAGAAGAUGUUUGAGGUGGCAACUGAAAAGCUGCUUCAGUUUGUUGAGGCUGUGCCGGAAGUGCUGUUGGAUACCUCUACUUCAUUGACCAAUUUAAGUGACAGCAAAGCCACAUUCUCCUCUAAAACACUCAUUGCACGCCUGGGACGGAAUGGACGCAGUCUGCCAGCAUCUCUUGCAGCAGAAGCUAAGGAACUUACUAAAUCUGUCCGUGCCAUUCUAGAAGCAGACUGUCUCCCUUACGGAUGGGAAGAGGCCUAUACAGCAGAUGGAAUCAAAUACUUCAUCAACCACGUCACUCAGACAACGUCCUGGAUCCAUCCUGUCACCCACGUACUGGCCUUGCCACGUUCCGAAGAGAACGAGGAGGAGGAGGAGAGCUUCAGAGAGCUUCCGGAUCCCAAAGGCUGAGAACAUCGGCUGGCGAAAAACAGAUGCAAAUGGUGGUAUCAUCCCAGUUGUCAAGAGAGGACCCACUUCCAAUAGUCUAGCUCCCAUGAACUAGUUCUGUCUGAAACAAUCUAUCAACGUUGCUCUCGCUUGUGUGGUCUGCAGGCUAAAUAAGUCGCUGCCUGCGUCAACGGACUUUCUCUGGCGUAUAGAUGAACCCAGCCGCACAGAUCAAGCGCCUGUGACGAUUUGCAGCAAGUAUUGCAAGCACAUCUGGGUUUUUAAAAAACAAACUACGGCAAUUCACACCU